AUGGCAUCUGUUGAACCCACCAUUGCUCCGACUGUUGCUGCAGCCAACUCAUCCAAAUUGGCUUGGGUCGCUUUGCACACUACUUAUGCAAACAGAUCACAAACGGAUGUCUUCAGCCUGCGUGAUCAACUUGCUCGCGUCACUAAGGAAUCUCGCUCCAUCAUUGAAUAUCUUCACACUAUUCGGUCUCUUUCAGAUGAGUUAGCCACUGCUGGUUCUCCUGUGUCAAAUCCUGAACUCAUCAUCAAAAUACUAAGCGGGCUAGGUACUGAAUUUCGUGAAGUCUCUACUGCCAUUCGUGCAUGUGAUACGGCUGUCCCAUAUGAAGAAUUGUUUGAAAAGAUACUUGACCAUGAACUCUUCCUUCGUCACGAGGAUGUUAGAAAACUUUCCAGUCCCAUAACUGCCGCGGUCGCGACUCCCACCAAAUCCAAUACCAAUAACCAUAACAAUCCUAGGCAGAAUAAUAAUUCUCAACAAUGGCAUUAG